UCCGGCCCCGAAUCCAGGGGAAUGAAAUAUCUGUGGGAUCGUGGCACUGGUAAAGAGAUGAUCUCCCUCUGAGGCUAAACAGUGAGCCAUGGCGUGGAUGCGAAGGCUGCGGAAAAACAAGUCGCUGCAAUACGGAGUCCCGAUGAUGGUGUUAAUAGUUGGUGGGUCAUUUGGGCUCCGUGAAUUUGCACAGAUUCGAUACGAUAUCCAAAAGGUUCGUGGCAAGAUGGAUCCAGAAUUGAUAAAAAAGCUCAAAAAGAGUAACGUGACACUGGAAUCUGAAUAUGAGAAAAUUAAAAAUGCCUCAUUUGAUGACUGGAAGAACAUCAGAGGGCCCCGUCCAUGGGAAGAGACUGGGUCUAACCAAGAGAAGCAGCGGUAGCAAUAAAGUUUUGCCUAAAAGCCAGCCUUACUAAUUAACUAGUUGUGCCCUUGAACUGUUUUUUCCCCCUUAAGAUGAAUAAAAAGGGUGAAUUAAUAGAAUCAACUACUAAGAAUAUAGCUGUUUUUGUCAUGUAAGCAGAAGCCUUAUAAAUAAAUAUUUUGAACUUUGCAGUGAUAAUUGAUAAUGCUACAUGCAGCAUUAGUAAAAUAAAUUUAGCUAAGAACAUGA